AUGAAAUAUACACAAAAUUGUUAGAAUCUCUUGUUCCAUCAGAGACCUAGUUGAGCUUGAGCCCUGAAUCCGCCGCUGCUGCUCGCCACUCUCUCCAUAGCUGAAUCCAUUAGUUGCAGAGAGAAAUGUCGCACUUCGGAAGAUCCGGUCCUCCCGACAUCAGAGAUACCUACUCGCUUCUCGUCCUCAACAUCACUUUCCGAACCACCGCCGAUGAUCUUUACCCCCUUUUCGAUAAGUAUGGAAAGGUCGUCGAUGUCUUCAUCCCCAGAGACCGCAGGACUGGGGAUUCCCGAGGAUUUGCGUUUGUUCGAUAUAAGUAUGCGGAUGAAGCACAGAAGGCAAUUGACAAGCUUGACGGACGAAUGUUGGAUGGCAGAGAAAUUAUGGUUCAAUUCGCUAAGUACGGUCCCAAUGCCGAGAAAAUUCGCAAGGGGAAGGUGAUGGAGUCAUCAUCCAAGGCAAGGGGCAGGUCAAGGAGUCGCAGUCCACGUCCAAGGCACCGCGAUGACUAUAGGGAUAGAGAUUAUAGGAGAAGAAGUCGCAGUAGAAGCCGUGAGAGACAUGAUCGUGAUAGACCCCACAGAAGUGAGAGAGAACGCUAUCGUAGCAGGAGUCGUAGUGCUAGUCCUGAUCGUAUUAAAGAUCGUCUGCGGGGAAGAGAUGAUGUUGAACGGCGUAGUGCUAGCCACUCUGAUAGAAGCAUGUCGCCUGCCCGACAUUCCCCUGAUACUCGGAGAAGCAUAUCUCCACGUAGGACGCCACCAUCUAGGGGUAGAAGCGAUGACGAACAUUCACCAAGGCGAGACAAUGGCUCACCGGAUGACAAACCAGUUGAUUCUCGAAGUCCAUCUCCUGCUAAAUCCGAUGCCGAUGAAUGAAUGAUCUAUACAUGCCAUAGCGUUGGGUUUUAGAAAUUAUCUAUGCAUUUUAUGAUGGAAAACAAGCAUGGCAUCCCAGAGGGGAUAUUUUGCACGAUUGUAUCUGCCUUUAUACUUCAAGGAUUGGUUGGAUGUCAAGAUAGAGACAUGUAGGAUCCUGUUCCUAAUUAGCUUAUGAGUUCUUUUUUCUUUUUAGAUUUCAAUGUAGUAUCUGUACUAUUUAACAUGCGAAGUAAGAGUCUUCCCAGUGUUUGGUUUUUACCUCCUUAGAUGUAUAAUGAUUAUGAAUUGAUUCUUCUGCAUUGUAUCUGUCUUUUUGGAUCACUGUUCAUCACA